AUCGCCUGCGCAGACAUGAGUUCAUCCAGCAGGUCUGCGCAGGCGAUGAGAGGGGCGGUGGAGAGCGUGUUCGAUGCCCUCGUACAGUCAUUUAAAAGGGGCGGGAAUAUACAAACAGUCCCGCGUGUAUAAAACUCUUGGAGACGCAUGAAGAGCUGUGGAGUUUGGACAUUAUGCGUGACAUUCUGACAGAGAAGAACAUGAGGAACAUGCUCUCACUACUCACCGUUGUGACUGUUUAUCUCGCGGUUUGGGGCGGAAUCACUGCGGAUGCUCAAGUUGGACCUGUGUUACAGAACUCCAUCAGGCAUCUGCCCGCAGCAUCCAGUCCGAGUGACGCGGUGAGCGCGAGCCCGCGCGUUACCGGCACCGCGGACAGCCACGCUCCGUCGCCGCACUGCGCCGCCGAUGAUGAGUGCAGACUCGGUGAGUUUUGUAACGGCUCUCGCGGAGUUUGUCUCUCGUGCCGCAGGAGGAGGAAGCGCUGCGCUCGUGACGGGAUGUGCUGCGCUGGAAAUCGAUGCAUCAAUGGUGUGUGUCAACCUGCUGACACAGACGCCACCGGCGCGGUAGAUGCCGCUCUACCGGUUGGCAACACAGAUGCGCCCAAUAUUCCAGUCACACGUGGGCAGAACUUCACACAUCCUAAAAGAACCACCAGCCUACCAAAACCACAGCAGCCACUCAAAGGUGGCGAGGGCGAGACAUGUCUCAGAUCUUCAGACUGCUUGGAAGGGCUCUGCUGUGCUAGACACUUCUGGUCCCGGAUCUGCAAGCCAGUGCUGAUGGAGGGGCAGGUGUGCACGCGCCACCGGCGGAAAGGAGCUCACAGUCUGGAGAUCUUCCAGCGCUGCGACUGCGGCUCUGGCCUGACCUGCCGAGGCCAGAGAGAGAAACCCGGAGCAGAAAGCCGAAACCUCCACACCUGCCAGCUGCGCUGACCCCACAGAACCGCUCUCUGCUCUACACACACACACACACCACAUGCAUGCAUGCAAACACACAUGCAGCAGCAGCAAAGGAAAACUGAUUCCACGGAAGGAUGCGCCAGAAUAAGGACUGAUCAUAUUUCCUGGACGGAUGCAGAGAAACUGCACCGUAGGGAUGUUUCUCGUUGUACACUCUGCUAUUUAAGACUUUUUUCCCUGGGUCAUCACAAAAGGCAGAUUGCUUUUGUUUCCCUUUAUAAGGAACUUCUUAUUCUUCUUGCAGUAAAUUACUGUAUUGUACAUACGUAGUCAGAAAUUGCACUUAACACUGAGCAUACGGAUCCUGUAAAAGUAGCAUUUCAUCAAUAUUGUAAAUGUCAAUGUCAAAUGUCAUGAUAAGCCAUAUUGAGAUGGUUAUCAGUAUUCUAUUUUUAUUUCAAGCUAAUUGUAAAGAUGUAUGUGUGGUGAAAACAUAUAAAUGACAUGAUUAUAACAA